AUGCAAAAGUUGCUCUACAUUCUUCUCUUCGGCGGCUGCGCUGUCUGCCAGCAGUCCAAUAAGUCCUUCGUUCCUCCAACACAGGAUCAGAAUCCCAUGAACAGCAUGACAUCCUCGAUGGAAAUUCAAAAUCCCUCUGACAAAACCGGCCAUUUCUUUGGCAAUAGUCAGCAUGCGUUUAACUCUUCGAAUGAGCGCUCGCUGUGUGUUGUCGAGGUGUCAAGCACCGAAGAUGUAUCAAAAACCAUCAGAAUCAUAGGUAGCAGCCGGACACCUUUUGCCAUUCAAUCUGGCGGCCAUACAUCCAAUCCGGGGUUUUCAGGCACCAAAGGAAUCCACAUAUCCCUUGCAAGACUCACUCAGAUACAUCUCUCCCAAGACAAAAGCAGUGUUAAAGUUGGCCUGGGAAAUACCUGGGUCGAUGUGUAUGUUGCUCUGAAUGGCACAGGUGUCAACGCAGUAGGAGGCAGGGUGGCAGGACCUGGCGUUGGAGGAGUGACGCUUGGGGGUGGGGGAUUCUCCUGGCUCACAAAUCAAUACGGCCUAGGCUGUGAUACUGUCAUUUCUUACAAACUCGUUCUUCCAAAUGGAACAGCCAUCACCGUUGACUCGACAACGCCUGACCUCUUCUUCGCUCUCAAAGGCGGCCUCAACCGGUUCGGGAUUGUCACCAGUAUCAUUUUCAAAACAUUUCCUCAGCCCUAUAUAGUAUAUGCAGGCCAUCAGGUUUUCGACGCCUCAGAAAUACCAGCAUUAACUAGGGCGAUUCAACACUUUCACGAGAACUCUGCUGACCCAAAAUCAUCGGCCAUUCUCACAUUAUAUGGAGGAACCGAUAACCAGCCCGUUUUAUUGUUAUUUCACGACGGCGCGGGCCGUCCUGCCGCCUUUGACUCUUUCAAUAACUUUACUGCUUUGGUGAGCACCGUCAAGGACCAGUCAUUUGCAUCGUUUACUGGUUCUUUUUCAUCAAUUUCAAACGCAAACGACAAGCGCGGUGCCUAUCACACUAUGAGCACGUCUGGAUUUACGCAGAAAUUUUUAGCCGCUAUUGCCAACGAGUCAUUUCACUAUGGCCAGAUUGCUCAAGAGCACGCAGCAAGUGUUUCCUACCAUAUUGAGCCUUUUAUGAAGUAUGGCAAAUAUGCCACCGACUCCGCUUUCGCUCACGAUAACUCGCCAUUGCCACUCAAUUUAUUGUUCUUAUGGGAUAAAGAAGCCGAUGAUGCGUUUUGGAGAGCUAUAAUGCAGCAGUCUAUCGACCACCUUACGAAAGUAGCUACCGCGGAAGGAAUCUCUGACUCGGAGAUGCUUGCUUACCCUAAUUUUGCGCAGCAUACUUAUGCUGGUGCACAGAUUUAUGGCUUGAAAAAUACGGCUCGUCUGCGAGACAUUCAGCUUCGGUAUGAUCCAGCCGGGGUCAUGUUUUUGGCAGGUGGAUUUUCAAUUUAG